AUGAAGUGUGUUGCAAUAUUUUUGAUUAUUUCCUUAGGGUUCCUUGGCUUAGUUGAGGGAGAUGAACCGAGAUGCCCAAGAGCCUGUACUAGGGAAUUCAGUCCUAUUUGUGCGGAAUGGCGAAGGGGUAUCAUAAGACCUAUUGUAAGUCGUUGUACUUUCUCCAAUAAAUGCGUUUUAGAUAACCAAAGAUGUAGAACAAAUCAGAAUUGGGUUGUCGUCGAUGAGAGAAGAAAAUGCCGGAGAGAAACCCCAGAUUGCGAUGAGCUACGCAACUCAGCUUAA